AACGAUUCCAUAAGUAGCUGCCGUUCCUUCCUACAUCCUAUAUCUUCGAAUCGCCGCGAUUUUUUAGCAAAUCCAGCAUUCUCCGCAGCAUUCUCUCUGUCGUCAUAAAUGUCGCAUGGUAUCCGAGAAUGCGCAGGGAGCGUUCACCUUUCCGCUACUCGCAACCUGAACGAAUUCGAUCGACGAUGACGAUGACGGCGACGCAACGUACCGGGAAUUACUUUGAGCGAGGCUUUUACAUAACGUUCGAUAGCCGAUUGAACGGUCGUGUGCAUAUUCCAAGUGUCGAGUGCAAAAGUCAACAUGCUGCACGGAAAGUCUAACGGUUCCCUAACGUCGCAGCCGAGAAUGCAAAGCAACAGGGUAACCAUGAAGCUGGACGUUAGCUACACGGACCAUUCGCACAUCAUUGGGAAAGGUGGGCUAACGAUUAAACGGGUGAUGGAGGAGACCGGAUGCCAUAUCCAUUUUCCGGAUAGUAAUCGGAGCAAUCAUCAGGAGAAAAGCAAUCAGGUCUCCAUCGCGGGAGAAAUGGAGGGUGUCGAGCGUGCCCGUGCUCGUGUCAGGAAUCUUACACCUCUGAUCUUUUCGUUCGAAUUGCCAAUAAUGAGCUCGUCGCAAGCCUUGCCGGACUCCACGACGCCCUAUCUGGUGAAAAUCCAAGAGAAGUACAACGUACAAGUAAUGUUCCGCACGAGACCGAAAUUGCACGCCACCUUGGUUGUGGUGAAGGGUUGCGAAUGGGAGGUAUCUCAAGUGAAAGAAGCGACUGUCCUUCUUAUCCACUACAUGUGCCAAAACUUAGCUAGUCAAAUACAAGUACAAAUAUCGAUGGAGAUUUCGCCUCAACAUCACAGCAUCGUGUUGGGGAAACAGAGCAGUAAUUUGAAGAUGAUAAUGCAACGCACGGGCACGCAGAUAAUGUUCCCAGACGCUGGUGAUCCAAAUAUCCCCAGCUUAAAGAAGAGCAACGUUACGAUCACAGGUGGCAUUCACAACGUCUACUUGGCCCGGCAACAGUUAGUGGGAUCUCUGCCUCUGGUCCUCAUGUUCGAUCUACCGGAGGACUCGAUGUCCUCGGUCGACACAGACAAUAUAUCUCAACUGAUGCAAUCCUUGGAUGUGUUCAUAAACGUGAGGCACAAACCGAAACAGAACACACUGUCUGUGAUUAUAAAAGGGAUCGAACGUAACGCCAGUAACAUCUACGAAGCGAGAAAACAGCUUUUGGGCUUGGACGAACCCCGAGUUUACGCAGAGAUACCGAAUACUUAUUGCAUCCCAAACGUUGGAAAUAUUUUUCAAGGAAACGGUUCCAGCAAUGGAUCCAGUCCUCCCAGCAGUCUGGUCACCAGCCUCUCGGACAAUUUGUCGAACAUACUAACGAUAAAUACGCAGACUUCUCCUUAUUGCAUGUCACCUAUUUCUCACUCGCCAAGUCCUCUCGGCUUGUCGCCUCAUUGGGGUUUACCACCGAUACCGUCCAUGUUUUCACCAUUGCCACUCCACCACACUUACACGUAUCAGCAGCACCUUAAUCAUUUGCUGACAACGCAGCACGUGAUGCAUAACAACGCAAUACCUCCUCAUACUCAUGCACAACAGAAUCACGGUUUUUCCGGUAUCGCACAACUUCACUCGAACGUGCCUCCUGGCUUUCACAGUAUUCAUGGAUUGAACGGUAAUUCGUUGACAGACAGCAAGGAAGGUAGUGCAUACUCGUCGUUGAGCAGCAUGUCCAGUUCUCUAUCUAGUCCAGCUAUCAGUCCUCGUAACAUAUCUCCGGUUAAUCCAACGGAGAAUAGUCCUAAUAUAGAUUUAUCCAGCAUGCUAUCCGAUCUCACGGUACCCGAUCGUCGUGCACCGGGCUGCGAGAAGAAAUCGCUGGAAAUGGCUGUGCAACAGAAUCUUGUUCCUUUCGAUUACGAGCAGAAAAAGCUGUUGGCUACGAAAGCGAUACAAACGAAGCCGGCCACCAACGAUUAUCGCGUUCCUACUUCCGCUUGGUCUGGCUACGGUCUCAGUCAAACCAUCCCUCCUAUAAGUGCGACUGAUUUGAACAAGGAAUUGACCACCUCUCAUCCAUCCGAUUUGUGGAAGGAACCAACAGCGUCGGUAUUUAGCAGAGACAUUGACUUUGGAAUCAAUUCCGGCAAAGACCGUGUCGGCCAGAUCGGCAUAAAUUCAAACUACUUGGAGCACACGCCCAGCGCCCACCUCAAGAAUAUCACGUCUAAUCGGUACGACGACUUGACCAGCAUGCUGACUUCCGUUGGAUUGGAAAAAUAUAUUCGCCUGUUCACAUCUCACGAAGUGGACAUGGCUACCUUUCCUUCGCUGACGGAAAAAGAUCUGUGCGAAAUUGGGAUAACCGCUUGGGGUGCGAGGCGUAAAAUAAUGCUGUUAAUCGCUGAAAUGAACAAGCGGACUAGUCCAUUCUGCGGUAGCGCCGCGCCUGGCGCGGAGCGUAAAACGACCGCAUCGUCUACGACCUCGUCGUCAAUGGAGAAGUGCAAUCUGGAUACCAAAUGGUAGCGAAGAGGACGAAGAAGAAUUGUUGUCACGAGUCUCGCGAGAGUUCUUCGCAAGAGGACGAAAUCGGACAGGAAUCCCCGCGUUGUACUUAAAAAAAAGUUCACGGCAUCGUCGCGCAUCAUCAGAUCCUCCACAAAAUCCUCCUCCCCUCCUUCGGAGAUCGAGAAAUCACGAGGAAAUCACGCGGGCCAUUUUCGCCGACUCGACAGUAGGAUCAAAGUGGUAUAAUUGAUAUGUUAAUUUUAGCGAUAAUUCCAGGCACCGAAAGAAUAGGCGGUUGGUUCUUUUUUUGUGGUCGAGGAUCGAGAUUUUUUUUUUUAUUAUUGUUUUUUUUUUUUUUUUUUUUUUCUCUCUCUCUCCCCCUCCCCUCCUCGAUUCACGCGGUCAGAAGGUGUCUUAGGUUAAGGAAGCUCGUUGCUACUUUCGUUUCGUUAGCUUUUUUUUUAUGUUAUGCUAGUAAAUGGUCUUUCUAUCGUGGUCGCGCGAUACAUAAUUCGACGAAUCGAUGAUUUUUUUCGUAUCGUAUUUUUUUUGUAAUAAAACGGAGCGGUGGAACGCGAUGCUCCGACUUGUUGUGUCGUUUCGACGCGUUGUAUCGUAUGUGUUUUUGUGUAAAGAAAGAAAGAAAGAAAGAAAAAAAAAAACGGUGAAAAGUUCGUGAUACGACUGAAUGAUGAGGCGUACGGUAUGAAUUAGUGAUAACGGUUAAAUUAGUACAACGAAAUGCGUAAAAAAAAAAAAAAAGAAAAAAAAAAGAAAAAAAGAAAAAAAAAAAAGAAAAAAGGAAAAAAAGCAGAAGACUUCGAAACUGUUGUUUACGCGCGAUGGGCGAGGGAUGUCCAGCGUACGUUCGGGGCGGUCUUUCGCUUUAAGUAAUGUUAAAAAUAUUUAAUCUCGACUAAGCUCGAAAUUCGGCAAAAACGCGGAGUUGUAAUUUGCAGUUUUCCUCGCAGCGGCCGCGUUUUCGAGUUUUACAUUGUAAUAAAGUAUUUAUUGUUCACUCGCGAAAGACGACGAAUGCACGUCGAUUUAUUGCAAAUGAAUUCUUCCACGAAGCGAAUAGAAGGAGGCGGUUGAACGAAACGUCUGGGGAAUAUUUCGAAUCGAGUCUUUAUCUUUAAUAGUAAUAAUCUUUGGAGAAAAGUUUUUUUUUUUUUCUUUGAAACAUCGCUUCGAAAAUAUCCUGAUUCGAGUUAAUAAUAAUCGUAACAUUUAAUUUAUAUUAAAUUUGCCUGCCGAACAAAUUUGCAGCCAAAAAUAAUCUUUCGAUAAAUAAUCUUCGGUCAUCGUAAUAAUUUCUUUUCUCUUUCUUCUUUUAUUUUUUUUUUUUUUCUUUUUUCCUUUCCUAGCAUGCAUGUACUCUCGAUAAAAAAAUUCGAGGAGCGAUAUUUUUGUCGCGUAAAGCUGCAUAUUCUGUGUUUCUGGUUCAUAUAUCAUUGCGCAAUAAUUAUUUUACGAAGGUAAAAUUAUUCGCUCUACAUAAAUUAAUUUAAUAUUUUAUAUCUUUUUCUUCCGUGUCAUCGAUAUAUGAACUAUGAAUUCGUUCUUUGCCCGUCAUACAAAACCGUGUAAAGAAUAUCCACUCCGCAAUUUAGGUGAUCGAUGGCGGCCUCGCGAUAAAAAGUUACAUCUUGUUUGUCGAAUAACUGGAUACAUCGCCCUCAAGUCGAAUUUAUCGAGAAACAAGCAAUUUUAAUUACCGUUAAAAAGUUUUUGACCGAGCUAUUCUCUAUUGUGGAUAAAAAUUCACAAUAAAAAUUCACGAUUAAUUAAAACGAUUUAAGCGUAAAUUGUCUCUUCUUUAUGGUAUCUUUUUUAUGCUUCGAAAAAUGAUCGAAAUAUUAGAAAAGAAAUAGGACGUUACGUGUUUCUUCAAUUCGUGCAAGUAUAUAUAUGCGCAUGCGCAUGUAAGUGAGACUGUGUGUCCAAUCGUCGUUCUCGUUACUAAUGUAUAUGUGUAUAUGUAAAACCGUUUCAUUGAUAAACGAAAACACAUUCGGUCGAAAUUCGAUUUUCCUUGUCCGAUCCUUGUUACAAUGAAGAUCGAAUAAUGAAAAUUGCAAUUUGUUAUGCCUUCGUAACGAAGAAUAAUAUAUCGUUUUUGUUUUUGCGAUAGCGAUGCGAACGUUUGAUAGAGAUCAUGUUUGAUCGUAACAUCGAUCGUCGUUUCUCAAAGAAAACUUGAUCGAUGAUGAUGAUCCACAAGAUUUAUUCGGCGCGAGUUUAUUAUUAAUUUGUUUCCUUUGUAUAUUUUUUUUUUUUUUUUUUUUUUUUCUCUCGUUUCGCUCGAAAGUCUUAAAAUAUCGAUCGAUCGAUCUGCUAUUUCUCAAAUAAAUGCGUUAAACUAUUCGUCGAUGUUCCUAUCUACAGAAAAAAAAAAAAAAAGUUAUAUAAUGUAUAUAUGUAUAUUUACACGCACGCAUACACACAUAUGUAUGGGCACGUACGUAUGUAUGUAUGUAUGGGAAUUUUGAUUUUGAUUUUGCGCGAUUCAAUCGAUUAAAUUAAUUAAUGGUCGCGAGAAAUUAGAAUUAAAAAGAAGGAAAAGAAGAAGAAGAAGAAGAAGAAAAGAUGAAAAAGAAAAAAAAAAGGGAAACGAUGAUAGGCGACAAUGAAAUGUACGUGUACAAUACCUAACUAUUCGGACAUUGCGAAGCAAGGCCGAUGGUUCAUCCUGUUUCCUGUCAUCUUUAAAAAAAAAAAAAAAAAUGGCAAUUUUCUUGACGUAUCACUCUUUCUCUUUCUCUCUUUCUCGAUCUGUCUCACACGCUUGGAAAAAAAAUUUUUUUUUAAAUUGACAUUUUCUUUAAUUUUUUUUUUUUUUCUCUCUUUUAUUUUUUCUCUUUUCUGUGCAUACGAACGAAAAAAGAAAAAAAGAAGAAACGAAGAAGAGGAAGAGAGAGCGAAAGAUGUAUAUAAUGUAAAAAAAAAAAGGAAAAAAAAUUGAACAGGAUCACUCGACUGACCGAACAUGCCUUUCUGGAGCAUGCUUCUACGCGCAGAAUAAUAAUAAAUAUUGUCGAUAUAUUACCGAGGAUGGUGCGUAUUCGCGACGCGUAAUAUAUUGAUAAGAUGCGUUGUUUUUGUAAAAAAAAAAAAAAAAAAAA